CCAUAUCACCUUCCCAGUCCCCUGGCACUAACCCCUUACAUCCCUUUCUUACCCCCUCGUAGAAGCGCCCACCCCCCUCUCCACAGCCCCUUUCUAGACACCCAAUACCAGACCUCCUUUUACCCCGAACACCAGCCCCCAGAUUCCCUUCCGAGCUCCCUGUAAAACCCCGCUGCUAAUUCUCCGCUGCCGGUCUCCAGCCUCCAUUCCAUCUCCCCACGGUCCCCUCUUACUUCGCCGGUACCAGCCCCCAAGCCCCCUCCCCAACGCCACCGUAACCACUUUCUAGCGCCCCGCCUCCAGCUCUCCUGUGCUCAUUCCAGCUCCCUCAUCCCAGCCCCCCAACUUUCACAUGGCCUCUUCCUAUGUCCCCGAAUUGGAGAUCUUUGCCAGACUCCCCCUACCCUGACACCUUCCCGAUACUCUCAUGACCCCCUCCUAGCUCCUCCAUACCAGCCCCCAGGUCCCUUCAGCUCCGCCUCAGGCCCCGCCCUCGCGGGUUCCUUGGCUUAGGGUCGCUUCUCGCGUGCGUCCCCAGCUCCCGCCCGGCAGCCCGGCUGUCGGUCCCGGGCCGGCGGCCCCCGCAAGCCGCCGCCGGCCCCGCCCCCGGGCACCAUGCUGCCCUCGCAGGAGGCCUCCAAGCUCUACCACGAGCACUACAUGCGGAACUCGCGGGCCAUCGGUGUGCUAUGGGCCAUCUUCACCAUCUGCUUCGCCAUCAUCAACGUGGUGGUCUUCAUCCAGCCCUACUGGGUGGGCGACAGCGUGAGCACCCCCAAGCCUGGUUACUUCGGCCUCUUCCACUACUGUGUGGGCAGCGGGCUGGCGGGCCGCGAGCUCACCUGCCGCGGCUCGUUCACCGACUUCAGCACUAUCCCGUCCGGCGCCUUCAAGGCGGCCGCCUUCUUCGUGCUGCUCUCCAUGGUGCUGAUCCUCGGCUGCAUCACCUGCUUUGCUCUUUUCUUCUUCUGCAACACGGCCACGGUCUACAAGAUCUGCGCCUGGAUGCAGCUCUUGGCAGCUCUGUGCCUUGUGCUGGGCUGCAUGAUCUUCCCCGACGGCUGGGACGCCGAGACGAUCCGGGACAUGUGUGGGGCCAAGACCGGGAAGUACUCCCUGGGGGACUGUUCGGUGCGCUGGGCGUACAUCCUGGCCAUCAUCGGCAUCCUCAACGCCCUCAUCCUCUCCUUCCUUGCCUUCGUGCUGGGCAACCGGCAAACGGACCUGCUGCAGGAGGAGCUCAAGCAGGAGAACAAAGAUUUUGUGGGCUCUACAGUAAGCUCUGUGUUGCGGCCAGGGGGUGAUGUCUCUGGAUGGGGAGUCCUCCCCUGUCCCGUCGCUCACUCACAGGGACCCUGAAGGCCGGGAUCACAGCCCAGGAGUUGACCUGCCCUCAGCUUGUCCUGUCUCCUGCCCUCUCAUCCCUCCAUUCACGCUCUGAGGGAAGACCCCGAUCUUGGACUGACCUCACCUGCUACCUGCCUGCGAGCUCCGGGCUUUGAAGAGAGGCUGGGGCUGGGAUGCAGCCUGAGGGAGGGGAGAGGCCCUGCAGAGCCUGGGAGGGUCUGGGUCUGCACCUCCCUCAACUGACCUAAGGGAGACAGCCCCCAGUCCCUGGCCUCCUCUUCCCCUCCAGUCUGGCCAGGGCCUUGCAGAGUCUUCAGGGGAAGGUGACGCCGUGGUUCCCCCACCAGGCUCCCUCAGUCCGGAGGGCUGCUGCCUGGCUCUAUCCUCGCCUCCUCUGGUCCCCGCCUCCUGCAGAAACUUAUCCAAGACACUGUUCCAGGGCAGCAGACUGGACUCUUUCCUAUCUUUUUUUUGGCUGAUGGUGGUUCCAUCAUCUCGUCACAGAGCUCCAGGCGCCACCGGCCUCCCUUGGGCCUCUCUGCUCCUGCUGCAGCCUGGUCCCAGCUCUCCCAAAGGAGUCUGAGCUGCACCGAGGGAGAAAGCACAGGGCCUUCUGGUCAGAUGCUGACUGGGGCCCUGUCCACGUGGACUCUGAGCCAAGACAGGCAGGCUGUGGAGGCAGUGCCUGGACUCCUGUCUUGAUGGCGCUUGGCCUCUGCAGCUGGGGCUGGAAGUAGCUCUGGGGCUGGCCUGGCCUCCUUCCUGCUCGGAUGGGUCACCAGUGACUGGACCCUUGACCCCGGCCUGUUUUGUACAGCGUAGAACUUCUUGGCCCUGUUGUCAGGGUUGGGGAGAGGCGCCCAUGAGUAGGGAAUUAGGGGAUGCGUCGCCCCUCUGCCCCUUCUCGUGCUGUCCCCCCAUCCCCUUCUGCCAAGGGCAGAGACUGUCUUGCCUCUUUGAUACUUUUCUGCAUAACUUGAACUUGCAGGUCACCUCUGAACAGGGUAUCCCCUGUCCCCAUCCCCAGCCCUAGUAACCCUCUCCCCACCUCCUCCUCCUCCCUGCCCACCUCUCACCUUGCGGUUUGCCCAGGGUCUGCAACCCAGUGGGCACGCUU